UAUAGUUGCAACUCCUAGAGAGAGAGAGGAAACAAACUAGGGAAGGAGAGAGAGAAUGGGCAUAACAAUCAAUUAUUGCCUCAACAUCUCCCCUCCACCUCCUCUUUCCACCCCAUCAUCCCCCCACAAGACAACCCAAGUCACAUGGCCGAAGAAAGAGAGAUCACUGAAAGGCCAAUGCGUAAUGGGGCUGGCGUGCCUCAUCAUCGGGCUUGAAAUGGACAAUUCAAUGGGCAGUGGAGACGGCAUAGCAAUUGCUGGUCAAAAUAUGCAUCAAAUUGUUCAAUCAAACGAGAAGGGAAAUAGAUGGAGCGACAAGAGAGCGUGCCCGCCGUGGCGGGUGAAUUCGCUCGAAACCGUCGUGCCGGAGGACUUGCCGAGGCCGGUAGGUCGCCGGAGGUGGGAGGGAGUUGGGUUCACCAGAACUGCUCCGGCGGUGAAAGUGGUUGCUGUUAGAAGUAGCAAUGGGAGUUGUUUCACCAUGUAAACACAAUUGGGUCAAUGUUGUUUGUCAUUUAUGUGUAGAUUUUUUUCUUUUGGGGUCAUAUUUUAUGUACAAAAUAAAUCACAAAGGAAUUUACUCUCCCACGAUUUUCAUACA